AAAAGAACAAAGUUAACUCCAACGCCCGCCGUGUGACAGAUCACCGAUGGUCACGUGUCCGCGUCUCCGCAAUUGCGGCACAGCACCUACCCUAGUCUAAAGAGUGGGCUGAUCAACGGCUGGCCUCAUUCACUAAAACCUUGCCUAGCACGACGAGCCAGGGACAUUUCUUCGUACACAAAUUUCUACGACGAAUUAGUUAUUGGUGUUGGCGCUGUUGCUACGUUCGGACUCAGGAAGCAAGCCCCGCCAUAAUGGCCGAUAAUCCAUCAGAACCACCAUCUAAGAGGCAGUGUUUGGGAACAGACUGUGAAAAUGAUGCUGGGUCUUUACAGUGCCCAACGUGUCUGAAGAUAGGCGUGACAGACAGCUACUUCUGUUCCCAAGAUUGCUUCAAGAGGAGCUGGAACGAACACAAGACCCUUCACAAAACAGCCAAAGAUAAACCCCAAGUUGCCACUGGACCUCACAAUCCCUUCCCAACGUAUGCCUUCACCGGUUCCGUCCGACCAGUCUAUCCGCUUUCCGCGAGACGAGCCGUUCCCAAAUCAAUCAAACACCCCGACUGGGCCAAAACCGGCAUACCCAGGGGUGAACAGCGCCUGCACAGCACCAAGAUCGACAUCCUCGACGCCAAAGGCCAGGAGGCAAUGCGAAAAGUAUGCCGACUAGCUCGAGAAGUACUCGACAUCACGGCGGCGGAGCUCAAGCCCGGCAUCACCACCGACUAUCUCGACGAAAUAUGCCACAACGCGUGUGUGGAGCGGAACUCAUACCCCUCUCCCCUAAACUACAACCACUUCCCCAAAUCGCUCUGCACAUCCCCCAACGAAGUAGUCUGCCACGGCAUCCCAGACCACCGCAUCCUCCUCGACGGCGACAUCCUCAACCUCGACAUCUCGCUCUACCACGGCGGCUACCACGCCGACCUCAACGAAACAUACUACAUCGGCGACCGCGCAAAAGCAGACCCAGACUCCGUCCGCGUCGUCGAAACAGCCCGCGAGUGUCUCGACAAAGCAAUCGAGCUCGUCCGGCCCGGCAGACCGAUUCGAGAAUUCGGCCACGUGAUUGAGAAACACGCCAAGUCGCGCAACUGCAGCGUGGUCGCGACUUGGGGCGGACAUGGGAUUAACACGGAGUUCCACCCCCCGCCGUGGAUUCCGCAUUAUAGCAAGAAUCGCGCUGUGGGCGUGUGCAGGCCCGGUAUGACCUUCACGAUUGAACCGAUUCUUACCCUGGGGAAACCGCGUGAGGUGCAUUGGCCGGAUAAGUGGACGAAUGUUACUGUUGAUGGGAAGCGGACUGCGCAGUUUGAACAUACUUUGCUUGUUACGGAGACGGGGGUGGAGGUCUUGACGGCGGGGAAUGAGAAUUCUCCGGGGGGUGCGAUACCGAUGCCGACAACGAGCACGAAGGAGAAGUAGAGGCUGAUGACGCAUCAAACGCGUAGUCUGGGUGGUCAAUGCCGGGUAAAGUUCUCUAUUAGGGCGUAAAGGUAUGAUGAUAUGAACUGGGUUUGCAAAGAAGGAGAGCCGCGAGGCUUCGUAACACAUAGCCUAUAUCGCCUACAUCACUACGAGGAAUUCGUCAGGAAACACAUACAAUUUCAACACGAUCAGAAGAAAAGCGCGUUGAACCCAUCACUAGGAAAUUUCCC